CCCCCGGCCUCACAGUGCGCCGGCGUUAACCCUCCCCGGAGAUCUCGGCCACCGGGAUUGCGGGUUCCCACAAAGCGUUGUUUCCGAACUCGACCACGGGAGCGUGUCCUGAUUGGCUUGCUCUGGAGGUGGGGAAGGGACCUAUUUGAGACCGGGACCACUUCCUGAAGCGCGAGGCAGGAAGUUAUCUGGUAUCUCUGGAGCCCUGUGGAGGGAGAAAGGCUCCCUGCCGCAUUGGUGGCGGGAGGUGGGUUGGGAGACUGGCCGCUCGGUCCCGCUGGAGUUAGGAGCCGUUUUCCAACGCAGCACCACGGCCCCCUUCUCCAGCACCGAGCCCGGCGCGGCUGCCCGGGGGGCUCCUUCCGGCUCCUUGACGCCGCCGCAGGGGGCGGCUACCCAGGCAUCGCCUGGGCCACCAGCUAGGGGACUGGCAGCCGGUUUCAGCACCCUGGGCCACAGUAAGACGUGCCCUUGUUGUCCCGCGCAUUGCCUUCCUUCUUUAAGCCACCGAGACCCUGGUCCAGAGCGACUGCCUUGGACCUGGGACUAGACGGAUCCAAAACGCUCGGCCCCGGCCCCCCGCAGACGGGGCUCUGCAUCGUCUCUGAUAUGUCACCCACCGUCUCCCACAAGGACAGCAGCCGGCAACGGCGGCCGGGCACUUUCAACCACUCUCUGGAUAUGAAGAGCGGUCCUCUGCCGCCGGGCGGCUGGGAUGACAGCCGUCUGGACUCGGUGGGCGGGGAAGGGGAUCGAGAAGCUCUUCUGAGUGAAAGUGGCGUUGGGGACUUCUCAAAAGCCCCGCGGAGCUGCCGGGCCGAGCUAAGCAGCAUUUUGCUACUGCUCUUUCUUUACGUGCUCCAGGGUAUUCCCUUGGGUCUCGCGGGAAGCAUCCCACUCAUUUUGCAGAGCAAAAAUGUCAGCUAUACAGACCAAGCUUUCUUCAGUUUUGUCUUCUGGCCCUUCAGUCUCAAACUGCUCUGGGCCCCGAUGGUCGACGCGGUCUACUUUAAGAACUUCGGUCGUCGCAAGUCCUGGCUCGUCCCUACGCAGUACAUACUAGGAUUCUUCAUGAUUUAUCUAUCCACUCAGGUGGACCGGAUGCUCGGGAACACCGAUGGCAGAACACCCGAUGUGGUCGCUCUCACUGUGACGUUCUUUUUGUUUGAGUUCCUGGCCGCCACUCAGGACAUCGCUGUGGAUGGUUGGGCGUUAACUAUGUUAUCCCGGGAAAACGUGGGUUAUGCUUCUACAUGCAAUUCAGUGGGCCAGACAGCGGGCUACUUUUUGGGCAAUGUUUUGUUUUUGGCCCUUGAAUCUGCCGACUUUUGUAACAAAUAUUUGCGAUUUCAGCCUCAACCCAGGGGGAUCGUUACCCUUUCAGAUUUUCUUUUUUUCUGGGGAACUGUAUUUUUAAUAACAACAACAUUAGUUGCCCUUCUGAAAAAAGAAAACAAAGAAGUAUCAGUUGUAAAAGAAGAAACACAAGGGAUCACAGAUACUUACAAGCUGCUUUUUUCAAUUAUAAAAAUGCCAGCAGUUCUGACAUUUUGCCUUCUGAUUCUUACUGCAAAGAUUGGUUUCUCAGCAGCAGACGCAGUAACAGGACUAAAAUUGGUGGAAGAGGGAGUACCCAAAGAACAUUUAGCCUUAUUGGCAGUUCCAAUGGUUCCUUUGCAGAUAAUAUUGCCUCUGAUUAUCAGCAAAUACACUGCAGGUCCCCAACCACUAAACAUAUUUUACAAAGCCAUGCCCUACAGGCUGUUGCUUGGAUUAGAAUAUGCACUGCUGGUUUGGUGGACUCCUAAAGUGGAGCAUCAAGGGGGAUUCCCCAUAUAUUACUAUGUUGCAGUGCUGCUGAGUUAUGCUUUACAUCAGGUUACAUUGUACAGCAUGUAUGUUUCUAUAAUGGCUUUCAAUGCAAAGGUUAGUGAUCCACUUAUUGGAGGAACAUACAUGACUCUUUUAAAUACUGUGUCCAAUCUGGGAGGAAACUGGCCUUCUACAGUAGCCCUUUGGCUGGUGGAUCCUCUCACAGUAAAAGAGUGUGUAGGAGCAUCAAAUCAGAAUUGUCGAACACCGGAUGCUGUCGAGGCUUAUAAUGCAUUCAUGUCAACAAGACUAGCUCACUUAAAGAUGCUUAUAAAUAAAGGAAAGGCAAUCUCUCUCUCCCCUGCUUUGAGGACCACUGUCUCACAUGCUUUGCAAAAAACUUGGUGGCUCAUGUGUUACAGCACUGGAUGGUUAUUAUGUGGAAUCGAUUAUUUGUGUUUUUAUUGGAUUUGGAUGGUGGUUCUUUCUUGGUCCGAAAUUUAAAAAGUUACAGGAUGAGGGACCAUCUUCAUGGAAGUGCAAAAGGAGCAAUUAAUGCAUGAACUACUGGACAUUCUAGAAAGGUAACUGUAGAUUUAAUUCAGAGAGCUCUGAUAAUCAGUGCACAGGAGUAUAAAAUAUUAUUUUAAACAAGGAAUUUAUUAAUAUAAAAUGCCAAAUGUUUGAAAAAUAGAGACCUCUCUGUAUAUCUGAUCACAUUUUUUCCUUGCCUUGUCGAUGUAUUUAAAGUUUACUUAAGGUCUGGAAAUUGGUUCUAAAGCAACUUUUCUGGCCUUGUUAUUUGAUUUAUACUUUUUAAAUUUACUGACCAAAGCACGUUUUAAGCUGUAAUACAGUAGCCAUGGUUGGUAACCAUGCAGUCAAGUAUUGGUAUCAGUUCCUGUCAUUGAGUUGUAUUUCUAGCUUUGGUACUAUAUAUUAAAUGGAAGAGAGUUUGAUAUUCAGUGCUAACUACAACUAGUCUGACCUUACUGACAGUUAAAAUUUUAUUUUGAAUUGUAAAUUGGUUAAAUUUUAUGUGGAAUUUGCUGAGCAAUGUAAACUAAUGAAACAUCAUUUUAGUUAUUUUUCUGACCAUAGCCACAGUGUACAAAUGCAUUUGUGUUAAAAAAACAAAAACUAUUUUAAAUGUAUUUCCUGCUUUUGUAAGCAUUGAAGAUUUAUAAGAAGAUUAUUCAAACUAUUUUUUAUAAAAUGAAAGUUAUGAUUUCUAAUUUAUUGAUUCCCCUCCUCAACACUCUUUUUUGGAAGAUAUUAUGAUUUCUUGUUAGCUUUUACCCUACAGCUUACAUGUGUUUUUUUGUCAUAACAGUGCUUCAUGGCACACAGACAGCUAAAACGGGGAUCAAAUUUAGUGUUUUAUGUAUGUUCAUGGCAAAGUUUUGGAAAUAAAAAUUAAGGUUAUUCUGCAAGUAGUUUUUUUUUUUAAUUUCUGUAGGAAAAAAUAAAGCUUUCUGAUUAAAUUUAAAUUAAUAAUACCAUAAUUUUAAAAAUGAAUAUUUUAAAGAGAGAAACAAAGACAUUUUGUGCCUUUGACAAAUCAUAUAAUGGAAGGAUGUUUAUUAAUUAAGCACUUUACUAAGUGAAAAAGAUCUCAUGUUUGCACCAUGCCACAUCAGGUACUGUAUUUCCAUUUAUUAAAACAUAGCCUUUUGGUUGUAAACUAUAGUUUCCAGGAAAAAUUGCUAUCCCAGGAAAAUUAAACUUUUGAGUACUUCAGCAAUUUUCAGCAUAGUAUAUAUAUCAGUGAUAAGGUUUUUUUGCAUAUUUUGCAUUAUUCAUUACUCUAACUAUUUAGAGAUUACAUAAAUCCACCAGAAGUUAGAGAAAAGACUGUUAUAAAUCUUAAUAAUUUUGUCUUUGUGGGAAAAUACAUACUAAUUCCUGAUUUUGUUAAUUUUAUAACAUAGGUUGGAUUUUAGAGUGGGGUUUUUCUAAGUAAUGAAGGAUAAAAUGGGUGGGAGAAAAUGGCGCACAGCAUCUGAAGAAAGAUAGGGGCUGUGGCCUCUAGAAGUCAUGCACUGCCAUUGGAAAACCUGUAUUGGGCACCGAUAUCAGAUCCUGAAGAAUCACCUGGAGUAACACUCAUCCUAGAGACAAGGAAACCACAGCAAACAAACCAGAGACUACAGUACUUUGUUACAUGGUUUUCCAUUAUCAUGUAUUAUAAUCAAAAUGUUUACUUGAAUAAAGAAAAACCCACUAAACACUCA